ACCCCGUGGAGUAUAAAAGUCUACAAUUGCCAGCUGUUUGUCUACCUUCACUACAGCAGCCAUUAUGUCUUUCACUGGAAAGUACCAGCUCGAAUCUUCGGAGAACUAUGAAGCUUUCAUGAAAGCUGUUGGGAUUUCUGAUGAGAACAUCCAGCUAACUAAAGGCUUAAAAAGCAUCACUGAGAUGGAGGAAAAUGGCGACAACUUCAGAGUGACGGUCACCACAGGAUCACAUGUCAUAAUCAACAGCUUCACCAUUGGGCAAGAAACUGAGAUGCUGUCUGUCACUGGAGAGAAAAUCAAGACAGUGGUGAAGAAGGAGGGCACAAAGCUUAUGAUGAGUCUGAAAAGAGCGGACAUUGUCACAGAGCUGGUGGAUGGAAACACUUUAGUGACGACAAUGACUCUUGGCGACAUUGUUUACAAGACGACAUACAAACGGAUUUAGUUCAACUGCAGUUGGGUCAUACUUGAAGCAGUUUCUGUCAAAAAAAAGGUUGUUUUGGAUGACAUUAAUGACUAAAAUCAAAAAUUCCUCCAGUCUUAAAAUUAGCUCAAUUCUGGGCAUGGAAGAAUCUCCACUUUACAUUCCUCACAGUUCUGCUGUAUUCAUUUGCCAAAAGAUCUGUCAUGUGGAAAUGUCAAAAAUAAAAUCAACUACAGACAUU